AUGGCUUUGAACCUCCUCGAAAUCCCCUUUCGUCGCACUCACUCGGUUGACUUGUCCUCUGCCAUCAAGCAAUACAUCUCCACGAAAUAUGAUCAGUCUCCGGACAUGUUCGCGGAUGACCUGCGAGACAUCGACCGUUUACGGAACGACGCGAUAAACGUCCGCGAACCUCAUGUCAGUGGUGUCAAGCGGCUGCAGAUCUACGUAGCCCAGCUACGGUAUCUGGGCGGGAAAUUUCCCAUUGACAUUGGCGUCGACUUCCCGUGGUACCCUGCUAUAGGCUACGAUCGAGAUAAGCCCGUGCUGCAGAACAACCUAAGGUUCGAGCUUGCGAAUAUCCUCUUCAAUCUUGCGGCCCUAUAUUCACAGCUUGCAUAUGCGACAAACCGGACGACAAUCGACGGGCUGAAAUCUGCCGCCGAAUACAGCAUCGCUGCCGCCGGGACCUUUUCCUUCAUACGCACAGACAUCCUUCCUGAUAUGCGGUCGACUCCUCCAGAGGAUAUGGAUGAUAUCACUUUAGAGAGCUUGCAGCAGCUGUGUUUGGCACAAGGGCAGGAAUCUUUCUGGCAGAUUGCAAUCAAGAGGAAUAUGUCGGAUGGCACAGUAGCAAAACUCGCAGCCAAGGUCUCUGACUACUACAUCUUUGCUGCUGACGCCGCACGACAGUCUAGGGCAGUGAGCACGGAAUGGAUACAUCAUUUCCAGGCGAAACAUCACCAUUUCGCUGCUGCCGCCCAGUUUAGGCAAUCUCGAUACUGCCUUCAAAACAAACAGUACGGCGAAGAGGUCUCCAGGCUCAAGGACAGUCUUGCCUGCGUCAACGAGGGCCUUCAAGAGGCCCGAUGGAUUAAUGCUACGGUAAUUGGGGAUUUAAAUGGCCUCAAGUCCAGGGUCAAUGAAGAGCUGAAGAGGGCUGAACGAGACAAUGAUCUGAUCUACCUACAAACACCGACGCCCAAAUCAGAGCUCAGGCUUCUGGACCGAACAAAUAUGGUUGCUGCCAAAAAGCCGGUCGAUAUUGUUAAUGGCAUUUCCCUCUUGGGCGAGGGAAAACUUUUUGGCAAGCCGUUGUUCGAGAAGCUUGUUCCAUAUGCUGUCCAUCAAGCUGCAUCAAUUUACGCAGACCGGCGUGACCGUCUGGUCCACCAGUCCAUCAUGGUCGACCUCGAAGGGAUGACCGCGAGGCUGCGAGAGAUCCUGCAAUCGCUCGAUUUACCCGGCUCGUUGCAGGCACUCGAAAAACCUCUCGGUUUGCCUGGCAGCCUAGUUUCGAAGGCUGAAGAGCUUCGACAGCAGGACGCGCUGUACAGAAUCAAGAGAUCAAUGGAAGACACGACCAAAUUAAAGACGAAUGAUCUCGCCAUUUACCAGGAAGGGGUCGCGUUGCUAGAGGCCGAGAAAGCGGAGGAGGACCGAGCUCGAGCAAAGUAUGGCACCGAGAGGUGGGUGCGCCCACCCUCUACCACAGCUCUAGCCAAACUAUAUCAGACCUCGAACGAGCUCCAGACAUACCUAAACUCUGCUGCCUCAAGUGACAACCUAGUGCAAACAAAAUUUCGAGAGAACGUGCAUAUUCUCAAGAUCUUGACUGGCACAAAUCGCGAUCUUGAACGUUUCGUCCCCUCUUCCAGUCAAGUUACCAUGACCCCGGCAAUAGAACAAGCCGCCUCUCGAUUACGAACAUGUCUGAACGAGGUCUCCCGCUUAGAGACUCGACGGAAGAACCGCAUUGCGGCUUUGAAAGAGAAAGCCAAGUCAGAUGAUAUUGGACCGGCCCUGCUCUCCGAAGCGGCUCGCUUAGAGCGAGAGUACCCCAUGCAGAAGAUCGAACCAGGACAGUUUGAGAAGCUGUUUGAAACGCGGCUUCAGGCUUAUGAGCCUGACCGAGAAGCUCUUGUUACUGAACAAGAAGAACAAGAUCAAAUUGUCGCACGGCUGCGCGAGGCGAACAAAGCAUUCUUGGACGCUCGAAGGGGUGACACCAGCACAAAAGAUCGCCAAAAGGCUCUACAGGCUCUGGACACGGGAUAUGCCAAAUACAAAGAGCUCAUCAGCAAUCUGGACACUGGGAGAAAGUUCUACAACGAUCUAGCUGUUCAUGUGACGCGGUUCCGAGAUAAUUGCAAGGCGCAAGUUUCCGAGCGCAGGGUUGAUGCCAGUCAGCUUGAAGCAGAGCUUGCCGGGCAGGAUCUGGGCAGGCUUAAUCUUCAGGAGACGCGGAGGGAAUUAAGGAGCCAGAAUGCGGGGCCGCAUACGAGAAGUCAUGCGCAGCAACCGCCGCCUGGAGAUAUCCAAGAAGCCAUGACAGCACCAGUACCGACAAGGAAUCCCCCUGCUGGAGGAGUACUGCCCUCCACGUCGCCCUUGCCGGUGGGUGUUGCAGGUGGCACGAUUAGUGGUGGAGGAAUUUGGACACCAGACAUGGGCAUCAGAUUUGGUGGUGCAACAAAUCAACCUGGACAGGCGGGUUAUCCUGCCCCGAGACGACCAUGA